AUGGCGUCCUCCUCCGCCGCCGGCGCAACCUCCGAGUCUGCACCUCUCCUCGACGCAUCCCACCCCCGACGACCGCCACGAACCGUAACCUUCAACCCAACAAUCUCCUCCUCCUCGCCUCCCCCCUCCUUCCGCUACACCCCCGCCUCCUCCCGCCAACCCAGCACACAACCGCUCCUCUCCUCCCUCAACUCCAAGCUCCGGCGGCGCAACUCCCAAGGCUCCCCCCUAAUCCCGACCUUCCUCCAAAGCGCCUCGGGCCCCAAAAUCGGGCCCCAACGCACAACCCGCACAGCCGAGAAACUCAAGCUCCUCCCCGACCCGGCCGCGCUCUCGGACGGACCGGACGAAGAAAGCGGCCGCGACGUCUACGCGCAGUUCACGCGGAUCAAGGACCCGACCGCGCGACGCGAUGCAGCUCGACUCGGGAAAGAAGACCGCGAGCGCCUGCCGCGCGUUACGGCGUACUGCACGGCGUCGAGCUACCGGAUGGCGGAGCUGAUGCGCUGGCUCAAGGGGAAGGGUCGCAGCCGGGGCGCGAAUCCGAAACUGUUCGAUGAGUGCAUCUACACGCCGUGGCGGUACGAACGCUCCGAGAAGCCGCUGAGUCCCGUGCUGGAGCCGCCGCCGGGGCCGCUGCAGGAGCAUAGGCGGUAUUCGGAUAGCGAGCUCGAGGUACAGGGGAAUACCGAACAGAGGCGGGAGGACCUGAUUGAUUUGCGUGAGCGGGGGGUGGAUGGGGCGGCGGGGUCGGCGCUCAGGGCGACGCUGUCGGAGACGGCGGUCGAUCCCGCGCUGCUGGGGCCGGUGAAUCCGGACUUUGACACCGAGGUCCAUGUGCCGGAGCUGUUUCUCUUUGCGUACGGGACGGUGGUACUGUGGGGGCUGUCGCUGAAGGAAGAAGACCGGUUUCUGCGCGAGAUUGAGAAGUUUGAGGAGGAGAAGCUGGCCAAGGACGACGUGCAGAUUGAGGACUUCAACUUCUACUACACGCGGGAGUACCAGGCCAGGAUAUACAACGACUUCAUCUCGCUGCGGGACAAGAAGGCGUACAUGACCAAGCUGGCCAUCAGCCACGCGCUUGCGCAGAGCGUCAAGACAUCCCUCCACGAAUCCCUCCUCGCAACCACGAUAGCAACCUCCUCCUCCCUUCCCCACCUCCUCAGCACAACCGGAACCAUCUCCCUCAGCCGGAAGCAGAUAAACCAGCAAAUCGGGCACCUCUUCAUCCUGCGCAUCUCCAUCCACCUGCAGGGCUCCGUGCUGGAUUCCCCGGAGCUCAUGUGGGCGGAGCCGCAGCUCGAGCCCGUGUACACCGCUGUACGGAACUAUCUGGAGAUGGACCAGAGAGUCAGGAUCCUAGGGGAGAGGUUGGGGGUAUUAGGGGAUCUGCUGGAGGUUAUGAGGGGGCAGCUGAGUAGUAGUCAUGGCGAAUACCUCGAAUGGAUCGUCAUCGUGCUCAUCGCCGCCGAGAUCCUGGUCGCGGCUGUGAAUAUCGUGGUCGAUCUGUACGCCGGCGUCGACUGA